AUGUAAUUCAUUUUCUGACUGUACUGUUAAUACAAUUCCUACUUCAGAGUAAAAGUUUUCACUAACUGCCCAUUUCUUCUUCUCUCCUCUUUCUCUCUUGCCUUUGUUUCUCCUUUGAAUGUACCCGUUGUGUAAUUGCACAUUUAAUCACGGGUUUGCUCCUGAGAACAGCCUGUUCCCAUGUGCCCACCUUUGUCACUCAUCUGCUGUGCCUCAUCUCUUUCCCCAAACCUGUUGCCAGUCCCUGAAAUGGACGUGCUUUCAGACAUUUCGGAGGAAGACCCCUUUGGGGAGGCCGAUCAGAUCACACUAGACAGCUUAGAUCCUCUCGCCACAGGUGACACCUCAGAGCAGGGGGGCGCUGGAGUUGCCACCCUUGAUUCUGCCCUGGAUCCUGUGGUAGCUGCUCCUAAGCCUGCCUGUCCUCCCACCUGGGAAAAGCCUCUACAAGAGGCUGACCACAGGGAUGCUGAGUUGGGGUACUCCUUCAGUUUCUGCGGGUGCCUUCCACCUGGCUUCCCCUCACUCCUCGAUGAGGAUGGGUAUCUUGCUUUCCCCAGCCUCCCCAGGGUCUGGGUCUCCUUUCUCCCCGCUGACGUCCAACACUAUGUUCCUGUGACCUCCCCUUCAUUCCUUCCUUCCCUCAUUCUCAUCUUUGGGCUGCUUCUCUCUGCUUCUCAGUCGGUGCCCUUUUCUCUCACCGUUUCCCUUCCUCUGGCUCUAUCCCUCUGCUACCUGGAGGCUAAAGCCACUUCCUUUAAUGUUUCUUAUGAUUCGGACUUGAAUGACAAAACAGAGGAAGAGGCAGCAGUUGCUGGCAUUCCUACAUAAGCUUCAAUUUGUGGGGUCAACAAAAGAACACUUCAUCUUAUACCCUUCCUAAUGUAGAGUGUAAACAUGUGCAUAAAUAUCGCCACUGAUUACCCUCACCAUAGUCUGAGCUGCGUAUUUUCACACACACAGUAUUAGUGCAUGAGAAGUAAGU